CUCAAUAUUAGCCGGAAGAUGAGUGACACGCAGCUAGGUCUGCUAAAUCAUGGCAGCAUUUAUGGAAAGGUUGUCUUUUCUGCAGAAGAUCCCCACCCUGAUGAAGGCAACAGCAGAUGAUGAGUCCCCCUGUCCUGGCUACCUUUUCCAGGAGAUUGGAAAAAUCUGCCACGAGUCGACAGGUUAUGGCCAAUGUUUGCUGGAAUAUCUCCUGGAGAGACUGCAGGUGGAGUCGUGUCAUGUUAAACUGAAGGUGCUGAAAAUCUUUAUCCACCUAUGUGGACAUGGCUCAAAACAUUUCCUCACAGAGCUCAGAAGAAACUCCACCUUCAUCCAGCACGCAUCAAUUUACAGCGGCGCUCCGGAUCCCAUCCAUGGUACAGCUCUAUACCAGAGAGUAAGGAGUGCAGCACAGGAAGUGGCCCGUUUACUUUUCACGGAUGCAGUUUCCACCAAAGGCAGCAUUACUGCUCCCAGCAUGGGCCCAGCAACAGUAGGAAUGGGAUCGAUGGGUUCCCAAAGGUCUGGACUGCAGGGGUUUGGUUACAAUCCAGGGAAGCGAGGGACAGGCAGUGACUCACUGCUGGAUAAGAUCCAGAAGGCUGCAGAGGUAGUUGCCAGCGCAGUCCUUCCCCCAACUGAGCAGCAGGGCAUCAGACUGCAAGAGAGCCAUUACCGAGCUGUAGUGGCUCCAUCUGCACCCAUAGAGGUGGCGGUGCCGGCGUGCGCCUAUAACCUGCCUCAUCGCAAACCUAAGGCGACCCAGCGAUGCCCAGGGCAGGUAGGGGGAGGCUGGGAAGAGACCGACAGCAGCAACGGCUCCUCUCACAACUCGUCUCAGGACUUCGCCACCAACAGCAGAGCGUCUGUUGGCAGCAAAUCGGCAGCCAGCAGGGAGAGUAGUGGGGACCUCUCUGAAAGCCUUGUUCUCCACAUGUUCUCUAGAACCGAAGCGUUGCAGCUGGGGGACUGCGGCCAGGAGACGGCUCUGAUCAACAGACUGACUGAAGGAUCCAAAGUUUUCCUCACCAGGGAGGAGAGUCAGCACUUCCUUAAAGAGUGUUCUACUCUGAACUGUGAAGUUGUGGUGGAGUUGCUGUCAAGCAAGCUCCAGGAUCCAUCCCCCACUAUUCAGAUGCGGGCUCUGGGUGCCGUCUCUUGCCUCAUGACCUCUGACCUUCUUGCUCUGGAGCAGACAUUCAGAGCUACUCAGCGCAGACUAUACCAUCUAAGCGAGGGGCCUCCAGGACCUGUAGCCAACAAAGCCACCAAGAUCCUGCGGCAGUUUGAGGCUCUGAUGGGCGGAUCGCUACACGCUUCUCGACAAGAGGCGGCGCACAGCAGCCAGGCAACAUCUAAUCAGUCUAUGCCGUCUGCAUACUUGAAGAGCUUACAGCCAACAAACCCAGCUGACAGCAGCAGCGGCGGCCCUGAACUCUGUCACCCUGAACCUGAGCCGUCGGGCAUUGACCAUCCACAGAACCUCCCAGCUUCCGCCGCUGGUCUGGAUGAGAGUUGGAGAUGCUUGACAGGAGAGCAGGUGGAUAAAAUGGCCAAAAGUAAGGCCCAGUCGGAUAGAACUGCUGUGGCUCCAGAGCCCAUCAGUGAAGGAAGUUCCUCUGAACCCGUGAGCGUGGCGGCCAAUCACAGUAGCCUGUCUCUGUUCAGUGGGAUGGAGCUGGUGAUGAAGGCGGGGCCGCUGCUUGGAAGGGACGUGUCGCACACAGAGCCUGACAAAACGGACAAGAGUGAGGCUCAAACUGCACCUAACUGUAAAAGUUUAAGGAACUCCUCAGUGGUUUGGAAUGAGAAUAGAGAGGAUGAGGAGCAGGAGGAGCAGGAGGAGGAUGAGGAGCAGGAGGAGGAUGAGGAGCAGGAGGAGGAUGAGGAGCAUGAGGAGGAUGAGGAGCAGGAGGAGGAUGAGGAGCAGGAGGAGGAUGAGGAGGACGGCCCUGCCUCCUCUGAUCAGAGCAAACCUCAGUCAGCUUUCUCCUUUCUCAACUCCUGACUGCAAUCUGAGGAUCAGGAGCUGCUAUAGAAAGAUGUCACCUCUACAUCCUCCUCACUAAAGAUCUGUGGUAUUUUAGCUGCCGUAAAAACCAUCCAGGCAUAACAUUAUGACCACCAUUAUGAAAUCAUCCAUCAUGGUACCUGAAUGUGUGAUAUGAAAGCGUGAAAAUGUGAUAAAGUAGGAUUUCAAGGAGGAAAUCAAUUAGCCAGCUGGAGCCGAGUGUCUUUCUUCUCCGUUCCCCAGGUUUGGUCCAGUGACCCACCCAUUGAUGGUUAAGGCUCACCUUUAUGAUCCGACCCUAAAUCUUCUAAAUUCUCAAGGUCUAAAUCCAGUGGAGGGUCUGUUGGACUCCUGGACCAACUGCAGUCUAUGGAGGCCACCAGAACUCUCAGUCCAGCUGUGGUCCACAUGUGAUUGAUUGGCUCUAAAGUGUCUUUUAGUUGAUGUGAGGUGGUGGAAGAUCUGCUACAAUCACAUAUUCUGUGCUUCACAGAGGAAAUAGAUUGAUGCAACCUGCAGGCAUUAGAUGUUUUAUACCAGCAGGACAUAAAAAGUAAAAGUUGCUAUAAAAAUAAAUGUUCUACCUGGUAAACUUUGUGCCACAGGCUCAUUAUUGAUCUGGCUGUUUCUCUGCUCGCGGCCGCGGACUGAACUAUGUUCGUCCCUUUUAGUCAGAAAAUCCAUUUUCUGUCUGCAGCCAUUGAGGAGCAGGCCAUAUAUGGAAGUGCUUCAUGUUUUUUUGUUUUGUUUUAUUGCACUUUAGAGUCACAUAUACAUAGAAGUCCUACUUGUUAUUUAUUUCUCUUUAAAGAUUCUAUAGUUUUCUGGCUCCAAAUACCUCUAAGGAAGCUGUCUCAAAAAGAGAUUAACUGGUUUUCCUGAACCAGUUAACGAGGAUGUUUCCCUGGUUCAACGCACCAGAAAGAAAAGCUUAGUUACAUCAUAGUUAAGUUCUUCAGUGACCUUUUAAGGACCCUACAUAUUAAUUCCAGAUGUGUUGAAGCAGAUAAACAUCUGUAAGCUCGACAUAAGCUUUUAAGGACUGUAUUUGGACUCCUGUGCCUUAACAGAUCUGCUGCUAACAUCUUGGUGGGGUCAUAUUGUUAUGCCUGAUUGGUAAAGGAUGCAGAUUAACAUUUUUCAGGCUUGUUUCCUUUAAAAAACUACUUUUGACAACAGCUUCCACCAAGAGUCUGAGUUUGGAAAACUACGGAAAGCACGUCUGUCCUGUCAAGGAUCUGCAAACUCUGCAUGUUAUAUUUUAUAUUUUACAGGAAUUAAAGCAUCUAUGGUUUUGAGAAUAGCAGGAUAUCAAACUGCCUUCCAGUGAUGAAGGCAGCAGCGCAGGAGCAGAUACUCCAAUAAUGAAGUUAGUUUUCCAGCCAUAAAGCCAGCUGGGAACUAAUGAACCAUGUCGAGCAGACCUGCUGCUUUCUUUAUCUCAGGAUUCCACUACUUUUCUGUUAUAUUUUUGGAAAUAACAACUUACACCUCUGCUGCAUGUCGUCGACUUAAAGGGAAAACCCUGUUUGUGAUUUGCACUACAGCUACCUUCUUUUAAACUCAAAGAAAUGUCUUCCUUAUUUUUGGUAAUAAGUUAUGUAGAUUGGAGCUUUUCUGUACAUGGAGAAAAUAUCUUGUGUGUUUAGUCCUAAUUAAAAAGUCAUAAAUGUGCAUAACUUUGAAAUAGUGAUUCUAAUGGUGGAUUGAAUUGUUGUGAGAUUUAUGGUGUAUAAUCUGUGAUGGGGAAGUGUUUGACGCAGCCUCGGCAUCCUCAUGGGACUACAGGUGCAACUUUCAGUUCCAAAAUGCUGCUGAACAAUAAAACA